AUGAGUUCCCCCCCCGCUUUGUUUCUUUGUUCCAAGACGAAUGGAGAGCAGCAACUUUUCGCAAUCUACACAAGAGGUCAAAUGUCGAACGAGGAAGACUCGCUAGUUUUAGUAGACUGCGGAGACGCGUACGUCCUUCUCUACGAUUCUAAGUACCAGUCCGUCGAAGAGGCAAUAGUCGACAGCGCCGGACGCGCCUUGGCGAGCGACGCGGCGUUACCUUUGGAGUUGGCUCAUGUAAUCGACGGUGCUGCGAACUCCUCGCAACUCGACUCCUUACCAGAAGAUUCCGUCUACGAUUCGCAGCAAACUGACGGGCCGGAUCUUCCGGAUAGUCAUGAAGUUGACGCGCAGUCUUCGGCUCGUCCUGAUAGUAACGGAGCAACGUUACCAGGUUCGCGGCCUGACUUACAAGGGUUACAACAUGAAUCGGAAACGCUGUCAGGGUCCGCUGGUUCUGCAGGCGCGGCGAAGCAGGUUUUGUCGUUGCACCGCCUGAAGCAAAUCAGCCUGCGAGGCGGGAAGAAAGGCGCGAAAUGGAUCCGGCGAACCGUCGAUGUGGUUACCAACGGGAAAGGCAAGACGUUUUUUCUGUCGGGACUGAAAGGCGCCGGAAGUGCGGGAGGGACCGAAAAGGCAGGAGACAGCGGCGAUGUGGAGCCAUCGUCGUCACAAGCUUAUAGCGAGGAUGAUGUCAUGCCAAGGCUUAUGAACUUAACUCGCGCGCUUAGUAGAGUCACGGAGGCCGAGAGCUGGCAGGAGAGAGGGGAAUCGUGCGACUUGCGCAAUCGCCUGACGCGAAUUGCGGAUCUCGAGUCGGCCGCGCUGGAGAUUUCUGGCAGUCUCCCCCCAUCGAGUGCGCUUGUAACGGGUAUAUAUAACUCUUUUUAUGACGGAGAUGAUGUUUUCGACAGUACUGUAGAUGGCAGUGCGGAUAUGGCCAGCUACAGUGAUUUCGGUAUCUCGUUUGAUAUGGUGGGGAAGGCGGGGACAAGCGGGGAGGAGCAGGUGAGUUUUACAGAUAAGUUCAGGCAAGUGGGGAAGCGGAAUUUAAUGCAUAUCAACGCGAUUAGAAGGGCCAAGGAGAGGAGUCGCUCUGCCUCGUUAGAUGGUCAACUGCUGGACUCUAUAGCGGAGCACAGCAACUCCAACCGUACGAGCGGCAGACAGAGUGAAAAUAACGAAGGAGCUUCUAGCGAGGCGCGGGAGGCAGGGGAAAACGGAGCGGGUACCGGAUUAGAGGAGGAUUGUGAUUCAGGGAAUGAUGAGAUUUGUAAUUUAGGAGACGACGGGUCUGUGGAGAUGGCGAGCUACAGUGAUUAUGGCUUAUCAUUUGAUAUGGUUGGGAAGGCGGGGGCAAGCGGUGGGGAGCAGGUGGGUUUCACAGAUAAGUUUAGGCAAGUGGGGAAGCGGAAUCAGAUGCAUAUCAAUGCGUUUCGGAGGGACAAGGGCAGGGACAGGCACGGGUCUGACUCGAUAGUGGGUGGGUUGGAUGACUCUCUAACGGUGCAAUCCGGUACCAAGGUUGGUGAAGGGGGUUGGGGAUUGGACGGAAACACGAGGUGCGGAGGACUUGGUUUCGUUGAAGCGGGUGGCAUGGGUGCUGCUGGGGUUACCGUUGGUGACAGCAGGGGAGGCAAUGCUUGUGCUAGUAGCGAGAGUGACAUUGUCGAACAAAGGCUUGAUACGAAUACUGCAGCAGUGGCGGGGGAAGGCACGGUUGACAAUGCUGGGGAGCAGCAGGCGGGUGGGGGCCCCAUUGAAGCGGGUGCUGGGGGAGGCGGUGGGGGAGGCGGUGGGGGAGGCGGUGGGGGAGGCGGUGGGGGAGGCGGUGGGGGAGGGGCAGUGGAUGGUAUGAUCGUUGGUGAUGAAGAGCUUUUUACUAGACCUCGGGAAGGGCAUGGGGAGCCAUCAGCGUCAUCCCUCUCGUUCCGACCAGCAUCUGCCUCCCUCCCCCGCACGGAAGCUUUUGCGUCCCUGGCUUGCACAGACGCGGUCCCGUCUCUCCCCUGCACGGAAGCUUCUGCUUCUCUUGCUUGCACCGACCCACUCACGUCACUCCCCCGCACGGAAGCUUCUGCAGAGUCCUCUUCUGGGAGCUUGCUGGCGUCAGCGGUUCUCCCCCCGGCCCUGCUGGCGGUCCUGGCCAAUAGGGAAGAACCACCUGAUGCUUCACUUGCCUCAGCGGAUGCUUAUGGGAUGAUUGGAGAUUUGUCUGCAGGGGAGGCGAGGGCUCCAGCUCAGCAUACACGCGCUUUUGAGUCACCUCCAGGUCAGCACCGCCGUCUGUCUGUCCCCUGCCGCCCGGCCUCAGCCGCCAGGUGGCGUGCCACGUGUGGCCUGCCGUCCCGUGCGGCCAUCGAGAGAGACGCUGAGCUGGCUGCCAGGCUGGCAGAAAUCCGAGCUGGAUACUCCGGGCGGUGGGUGGGAGAGGAUAAGAUCGAGCGGGAGGGCUUGGGGGUUCAGACGAGCAGUGGCCGCAGUUUAGGGAGCAGCAAUUGUGACAGUGUGUCGAGUGACUGUAGGAGGAUGGAAGGGUUCGGGUCACAACAAGGUGCCUCAGUGCAAUCACCAGAGCACAAAGCGCAGCACUCACCACCACAGCAGCACUUGUUACAGCACACGCAGCAACACUCACCAGUGCGAGGUACUCAAUCUCAGGAGGACACAAGACUUAUACAAAACCGAGUGCAGCCUUGUGAGGCGUAUCGAAAGACCAACAGUGAGACUGGGUUACCGAGUUGGGUAAACAGUCGUCAGGAGAGUCAGGCCAGGGAAGGAGAGAGGGGAGGAGGGGUGAUGGAGGAGAGGGUGGGGUUGGUGGAGCGAGGGGUAGAGGGAGAAGAGUUGGUGGAGGAGAGGGCGGGGUUGGGGGAGGAAAGCGGGGAAGGGGAACGAGAAGUGUUGGUGGAGGAAAGGGUAGAGGUAGAGGGAGAAGUGUUGGUGGAAGAAGUAGCGGUUACUCUAGAGAGGAUUGAAGCAGCUUUCAGCCGAUUCAGCAGCCUUGUGGACUCGUGUGAGCGGGGAGAGGGAGAAGGGGAGGGGGUGAGAGAAGGGGAAGGAGUGAGGGAACUGGGGGAAGGAGUGGGAGGAGAAGGGGACGGAGUGAGGGGAGAAGGGGAAGGAGUGGGAGGCGAAGGGGAAGGAGUGGGAGGAGAAGGGGAAGGAGUGGGAGGAGUAGGGGAAGGAGUGGGAGGAGAAGUGAAAGGAAAGGGAGAAGGAAAGUUAGAGGGAGAAGGAAAGGAGGGAGGAGAGGGUGAGGAGGAAGGAGUGAGAACAGAGGGAGGGGAGGAAGAAGAAGGGGGAAAGGGAGGAGAGGGAGGGGAGGAAGGGAAGGAAGAGGGAAAGGGUCGAGGAGGAGGGGAGGAAGGGGAGGGAGGGGAGGAGGUGGCGGUGGCAGUGGGCAGGAUAGAGGAGGCAUUGAACCGACUCAGCAGCCAUGUUGAUGAGCUGGCAGCUCUCAAGGCACAACAGGCUGCUGCUGCUGCCAGCGCUGCUGCUGCUUCUGCUGUGCCGUGGGAACAGGUGGGGCAAGGGGAAGGGAGGCGAGGGGUGCAAGGGGUGGAAGGGCGAGGCAUCUCAAGUGCAGAAGCAGCAGAAGAAGAAAGUGCAGGGGAGCCUGCUUCUUGGUACGCCCCAGUACCGCUCUCAACCGUUGGGUUUCCUGCAGAAUCGUCGCUUUGCUCCGAUGAAGAUGUGCUGGCAGCAGCAGCGAUGGUGGAGGCAGCCAUUGGAAGUUUUGUUGCAGAUUCCAGGAAUCCGCUCUAG